GUUCUUUCAGAGUUUGUGUGGAGUAAUUGUAUGUAGACAGAACAGAGAGGCAGGGCUUUCAGCCGUCUGUAAAGUUAACAAAGAAAAGUCCUCUCCUUAUUUAGCUCUCAUUGUGUGUCUGUAUGAAUGAGUGAGUGUCAGAGAGAGAACAUCAGCUGGAGGAGAUCACAACUGUUUUUAUGCGUUUGUGAGAGAGGGAGUGGGACGGAAAUAGAGAAAGAGGGAGUGGAGAUAGCGAAGUGUAGAGGUGCUUCUAAUUGUUUUCAUUUUUCUCUAAUGACCACGGUGCCGUGCGGAGGAACAGAAACACAGAUUGCCUGUCAGUCUCGGGAAACACACUCCGCGUGAUCAUCUGGACGGACAAGUUUGCACCUGUUGAGCGUAUCUACUUCAUGUCCUGCAGUCAUGGCCGUCUGCACAGCUGUGUGAAACGGUGCCUGCGUUUGUCAGGGAUCGUCCGUUUUAUCCAGGAGAGAGAUGUCAUCGCUCUAUUCGCGCAAGGACCUUUCCUCUCGCUCCAGAAAGUCCCUGUCGGACUCACCGCCCUCCUCUCCGUCCCCCAGCACCAAAACCUUCAGACAAGACCGGGCGUCAAGGUCAGACUCCAGUGGAGUGGAGUCUCCGUCAGACCGACUGUCGGCUCGGACCGGCACAUACACACGCCGAGAGAACAGACUCGCCUCUUUGAGCAAAACAGACGACAACUCUGCCAGCAAGGACUAUAAGAAGCUGUACGAGGACGCACUGGCCGAGAAUGAGAAGCUGAAGUCAAGACUGGACGACAGCAAACUGGAGCUCACCAAAAUCCGCUCACAGCUUGACAGAGUCGCACAGAAGCAGGACAGACUAUCAGAGAGGUCCACUGUAUUUGAAUCAGAGAAAAGGGAAAAAGAAGCAUUGGAGAAAAAGGUUUCAGACAUGGAAGAAGAAUUAAAGACCCUUCCCGCUCUGGCUCGACUGCAGGCUCUCCGCAGGGGGAACGCGCGCCUCCUAGUGGAGAACAAAGCCAUGCUGCGCACCCUCGCCCGCCUCUCUCAGACGGCCUCUCUCCCCGAGACGGAGGAUCUCUAGUCCUCUGCUCGCUUCUCUGUCCCUUCCUCCCUCCUGUUGUCCGCUGCACCCUGUAGUCCUCUUCCUCUGCCCCUCUGAUGCACACCUCUCAGGCAGGUCUCGCUCUUUCAUUUGUUUCUUUUGCAUUGGUUAAGCUUUUCCGUCCAUUCUUUCUUUCUCGCUCUUUCUCUCCUGGGUCUGGGGAAGGGCAGCCCUUCACAUUCCUCCUGCAGGCGAUGGCUUUGAAGAUAUUUAUAGAUCUUCCAAAACCCAUGACCAAACGCCUCUACACUCCAGCAAUGUCCAAAUCAAUUCACAGCCGCUGUAGCUUCACAUUCACAGUCUCUGUGGACACAUAAACUCACUGGUUACAGAAUAUUGGAUAACAAUAUUACACACAGUUAGUAAAAAAGUCAAUCAAAUCAUUUUAAAAAUGACACAAAAUUACACAAACAAAAUUAUGAUAGAAUGAUUAA